AUGAGAGAGAUUCUAUCUGAAGAUGCUAAGAGAUUUUUCAGAUUAUUAGAGGAAGGCAAACAAGAACUAUAUCCUGGGUGUGAAACCUUCACUAAAUUGAGUUUUACUAUUCGGUUGUACGUGUUUAAAUCCUUGCAUGGAUUGAGUAAUGUGGCCUUUUCAGACAUGCUAGAAUUGUUAAAAGAGGCAUUUCCCUUUUCUCAGUUGCCAGAAUCUUUCAACAAGGCUAGAAACAUGAUAAAAGAUUUGGGUCUUCAUUAUGAAAAAAUACAUGCAUGCCCUAAUGAUUGCAUGUUAUUUUGGAAAGACAAUGCAAAGGCCGAUAAUUGCUUUGUUUGUGGGGCUUCUCGACGGAAAGUUGUUGAUACUUCCUUAACUAAUACAAGCUCUAAAAUUCCAGUAAAGGUUUUAAGGUACUUUCCCUUAAAGCCUAGGCUUCAGAGGAUAUUCAUGUGUCCUGAAACAGCCAUUGCAAUGAGAUGGCAUGCUAAUGAACGACCCACUGAUGGGAAUAUGAGGCAUCCUGUUGAUGGAGAAGCUUGGAAGGAUUUUGAUUCUCUACACGCAGACUUCUCCAGAGAUCCACGUAAUGUUAGGUUGGGUCUUUCAAGUGAUGGUUUCAACCCAUUUCGAACCAUGAGAAUUUCUCAUAGCACGUGGCCUGUCAUGUUAAUGAACUAUAAUUUAUCACCAUGGAUUUGCAUGAAGCCAGAAUAUAUCAUGUUGUCAAUGAUCAUUCCAGGUCCUUCAUCUCCAGGACAUGAUAUAGAUGUGUAUCUACAACCAUUAAUUGAAGAAUUGAAGGAACUAUGGGAAACUGGGAUAGAGACAUAUGAUGCUGAGACAAAGCAAACAUUCCAAAUGCGUGCAGCCUUAUUGUGGACAGUUAGUGAUUUUCCAGCUUUAGCAAUGCGUUCAGGCUGGAGCACCAAGGGUAGAUUGGCAUGCCCCACUUGUAAUUAUGACACAUGCUCACGAUAUCUCAAACAUAGUCAUAAGAUGUGUUACUUGGGUCAUCGAAGAUUUUUGCCUCUUGAUCACCCAUCGAGAAAAGAUAAGAAGUCAUUUGAUGGUAAUGAGGAGCAUAGACAUGCACCUACUCCUUUGUCGGGUGUGGAAGUGUUUGAAGAGCUCCGUGAAUUCAACAAUGUCUUUGGAAAGGGAAAAAAGAAAAGACCUCGGGAUAACAAGGGUCCGUGGAAAAAAAGAUCUAUUUUUUUUUAA